ACCCAGUACCCAGUAGUCAGUAACCACAUCUCCUCCCCCUCUCCCGCAAAGACAAGGCCGGUGUCCAUGGCCGUCCAGGCGCAGCACCUACUCAACCCCGCCUUCCUGCCCCACGACAUGGGGCACGCCUUCAGGGCACUGGAGGGCGCCACGGUCGGCGGCGGCGGCUCCGCGUUCCUCGACGAGCUCGGCUUCGGCGGGUGCGCGCCGGCGCCGGCGCCGGCGCCCUUCGAGGUCGCCGCGUUUGGCGACACCCAGCCGCGCAGCGAGCUCACCUGCAACGGCGGCGGCGGCGACAACAGCAACGUGUUUCUCCCGAGGAAGCGUGCACGCGUCGCGCCCGGGUUCCUGGAUGAUGCCCACCAGCAGGGGUUGGUUCUGCCGGUGCCGCAGGGCCAGGUGUUCGCCGGCGACGUGCAGAGCAGGGAGGCAGGGUGCGGCGCGGCGUCCACCAGUGGUCGGGCGGCGGCCACCACCAACGGCGUCCUGUCGCUGCUCUACCGCCAGGGCAUGGAGAUCGACGCGCUGGUGCGGCUCGAGACCGAGAGGAUGCGUGCGGGGCUGCAGGAGGCUCGGCGGAGGCACGCGCGCGCGGUGGCGGCGGCCGUGCAGCGCGCCGCGGCGGGGCGGCUGCGGCUGGCGGAGGCCGAGCUGGGGCGCGCCCGCCGCCGCAACGCCGAGCUGGAGGAGAGGCUCCGGCAGCUGGCCGCCGAGGGGCAGGCGUGGCUGGGCGUCGCCCGGAGCCACGAGGCCGUCGCCGCGGGGCUCCGCGCCACGCUGGACCAGCUGCUGCAGCAGCAGCAGCCCGGCGCCGGCGUUGGCGGCGGCGAGGCGGAGGACGCGCGGUCCUGCUGCUUCGAGACCUCCCCGCCGGGCCCCGUCGCCGACGACUGCGACGCCGCGUCCCGGGGCUCCUCGCCGCCGUCGUGCAAGUCCUGCGGAGGCGGCGACGCGUCCGUGCUGCUGCUCCCGUGCCGCCACCUCUGCCUGUGCCGCGCGUGCGAGGCCGCCGCCGAGGCGUGCCCCGUCUGCGGCGCUAGCAAGAACGCCUCGCUCCAGGUCCUGCUGUGACGAGGCGGGAGGGGCCCUGCCGGCGUGUUGGUCCCGCGCGGUGGCGGCACUCGUUGUCCAAUGAGAUCCGCUGGCUCCCGGGGUCAGGCGGCGAGCUUUGUUGAGUAGUAAAUGUAGAGAUGCUCCAAGUUGCAGCAUAGUAGGCUAAUUUUAGACGCAGUUAGCUGUACUACUGGUAAUUGGCACUAACUUCUGUUCUCCCCUGGAAUAUCUUUCUGGUACCUUGUUUCUCAGAUGUGCUAGUAGUAUUUUUUUUUGGGGUAGUGUUGGCUUGUUGUAUUAAUGAGGAGAUCGGCCAAAGCUUAGAUACGAAAAGCUAUGGUAUUCUACU